AUGUUCAGCAUUAUUACAAGAAGAAUGUCUAAGAAGUCAGUAUUUUACAAAGGAAAUGCCAGGUUUUCGUCUUGGAAUUUCCCUGAUCCUAAAGAUUCUGAAAAUACUAAAUCUGGUAAUCAAGGUAGAAGAAGAUGGUAUCUUUGGUUGUACUCUGGUUCUGCAUUAUUAUUGACAUUCGGAGUAGUGAACUCCUUCGGUAAUAUUGGAGACAAAGUGAUCAGAUUCACUAAAAGGGUGCCUGAGCAUAUGCGUGAGAACCUAAUCCAACAGAAAUACUUCAGUAAGAAAAUGGAUCUCAGCUCUUUACCUCUUAGUGAAAUAGAGAUAAUCCAGAGAUGUUCGGAGAUAUGGAUAAACGGUAUACACAAGAUAAUGUUCCCAAAUUUAACAAUCUUCAGUAUUUUGGCACCUUUAUCAGUUGUCCUGCAUAUCUGGCAUUACAGAGCAUACAGACUUGCAAUGCCCUUGGGGUCAAAGCUACUGCUGGUCUUCUGGGGAAUCUGUGGCAACCUUCUUGGUAUUAGUCAGUUUAUACACUUUAAACACUCCUUGGUCCAUUACGAACAGAUUCAUGAAAAAUGUGAGCACCUGCUUCAAGGAGUUAAGAAGGAGGAAUAAAAAUA